ACUUCCGGGUUUGCCAGGUCAAAAUAGAAAUUUCAAAAUUAUACUGGGUACAAAUAUUGUUGUUUAUUUGAUCUUAGGGAAUUGCGAAGGAGUUUUGAGGGUUUUAGAUAUUUUUGAAGGAUGCGAAGAUGUCGUUCAAGCGAGAAGGAGACGAUAGGAGUCAACUGAACUGCCUUAAGAAAAGAAGGGUGACAGAGCUCCUAGCUGAAGACAUCCCAGACGAUGAAGCUUUGCUGAUGAAAAAUGGAAGGUUGGCCUGUCUGGUUUGCAGCCACAAACCUGUGUUUGACACAGUCGACAUGCUGACAGUUCACAGAGGGGGCAGGAAACAUCUCAACAACCAGCAGAAGUUUUACUCCAAGAAACAGGAGCUCGCAGACCUCAUCCUAAAGAGGAAACAGGAACAAUUUCUAUCAGCACAAGACCAGGAGGACCCUGCACCCCUUCUCACCCAGACUCGGCAGAUUACCCAGCAUGCCUUGCUGACAGCGGCUACACCGUACAACCCCUGCGUAAAACAAGGCAGGAAGAAAGAGGAGGAACAGCCAAAGGGAAAGGAGACUCCUUUCUUCCAAAAAAGGCAAGAAUCUAGUGAGGAACGUUUUGUUGUGCAGCCUUACAAGUCAAAAAGAGAACCAGUGGCACCAAAACAAAACAACAGCCAAACUCCAACAUCUUCUUCAAACUCUGAUAGUCAAUCCAAUUUUCAAAACAAGACUUCUACCAGAAAUUUGCCCGCCUUACAAAAAGUUACGACUCUCCAGAAAGAGACAGCAAAAUCAACGGACCAUACAAAGUCUUGGAAGGAUGUUCAGCAGCAAGGGACUCCUAAAGUAGUGCUUGGGAAAAAACAGAAACCAGUUAAAGAAGAAAGGAAGCCUGAGUUAUCAGAAGAAAGACGAAAGGAAAUUGCACAUCAUCUGAAACUAACAAGCUCUGGUUGGAAGAGAGACCGUGGUGGACAGUGGGUGAAGGAUGAAGAUGUAGAAUUUGACUCUGAUGAGGAAGAACCUCCCCCUCCCCCUUUGUGACCUUGGGUGAAGGUCACACAUCAAAUAACUUGUAUAAUAAACAAAGCUAAUAAGUUACAGAAGCAAUCAGUUCCCUUUAGCUAGAUAAUUUUAUUCACAGCUCCCUUGUAAGCAAUGCCAAAAAUAAACAAAUACAUUUCGCUUAAUUUCCCUCAACGUAUUGUCUUGCCACAUGAUUGUCUUUCUUAAGAUUGUCUUUAACUACGACAUGUAGUAUAAGGC